CCUGCGAGUUUCUAACCUUGUUCUUAUAAACAAACCCACAUGUGCAGCUGCCGCUGCUGCAACUCACCCCACAAUCCCGGAUAUAAGUCCUGCCCCUUUAAGAGGAAAAAAAGCUUCCCCCGCCUGCCUUCCACCCUACCCAUCCACAAGGACCUUUGUCUUCCCACCCCCUCAGUCAGUCGGCCCCGCCCCAUAUCCCCGCCCCCUCCGACGCUGAGGAACCAAUGGGCGAAGAAAAUAAGGCCGGGGCCUGACGUCAGCAUGUCCGGCCAAUCACAGGGCGCGUUGGUGGGAGGCCUCGCGGAGGGCGCGCCCGGAGGAAGGAAGGCAGGAGAAAGGAAGCUUGAAGUCAAGAUGGAGACUGCUAGUGGCUCUGCCGCUGCUGUGGCGAACGGGGACUUGGGAUCCCAGAGGGACCGGAGCCUGGUGCCUGAGCGGCUUCAGAGGCGAGAAAAUGAGCGGCAACUGGAGGUGGAAAGGCGGAAGCAAAAGCGGCAGAACCAGGAGGUGGAGGAGGAGAAGAGCGACUUUUUCGCCGCCGCCUUCUCUCGGGAGCGAUCGGCCGUGGAAGAGCUUCUGGAAGGCGGGGAGUCCGUCGAGCAGCUGGAGGAGGCGGCCGCUCGGCUGCAGAGGCUGCAGAAACUUCUAAACGACUCGGUUUUGUUCCUGGCCGCCUACGACUUGCGGCAGGGGCAAGAGGUGCUGGCGCGGCUGCAGGAGGCCCUGGCCAAGCGGCGCCAGGAGCUGCAGCCUAAGAAGCGUUUCGCUUUCAAGACCCGCAGGAAGGAUGCUGCUUCAGCCACCAAAGUAGAUUCGGCUCCCGGUGCCCCGGCAGCGGAAGGCAUCCUGGCCUCCCCGCCGCCCUUGAAGGAGGAGGAAGGCUUCGGCUCCAGCUGGAUCUGCGGCUUCUCCAACCUGCAGUCCCAAGUCUUGGAGAAGAGAGCCGAGGAGCUGCACCAGCGGGACGUCCUUUUGACCCAACUGACUAACUGCACAAUCAGACUGUAUGGUAAUCCCAACACCCUGCGGCUGACCAAGGCUCGAGGCUGCACGCUGCUCUGCGGCCCGGUGUCCACCUCCGUGUUCCUGGAGAACUGCAGUGACUGCGUGCUGGCCGUGGCCUGCCAGCAGCUCCGCGUACACACCACGAAAGACACCCGCAUCUUCCUGCAGGUGACCAGCAGGGCAAUCGUGGAGGACUGCACCGGGAUACAGUUCGCCCCGUACACCUGGAGCUACCCGGGGAUCGACAAGGACUUCGAGGGCUCUGGUUUAGACAGGAGCAAAAAUAACUGGAGCGACGUUGACGAUUUCAACUGGCUGGCCCGUGAUGUGGCCUCCCCAAACUGGAGUAUUCUUCCUGAAGAAGAGCGAAGGAUCCAGUGAGACUAAGCAGUUGUCACUCUUUUCUUCACUCCUACCAAAUACACUCCUUUGUGGGACUGACUCCAGCUAAUGGGACCCCAAAAUUUACUUCUUGUCACGCUGUCUGUUUUCAUUAUUUUAAGACUUUAGAUUGUGAUAGGCUUCUACUUUCGAUUUCCAUUAAAUUUGUGGCAGGUCUAGCACUUCAGAGAAUUUUUGCUAUUUUGGU